AGUCGGUGUGUCAUUUCAUACCGCGUACUCACGUGGUCGCAUUUUUUGGCAAUUCAUCAAAAUUCUCAAAUAACAUGGAUCAAAGAAGCAGUGUGAAAACAAAUGGACCGGACUAAAAAGUGAUAAUAAAAGUUAUUAGAGUAUAACGACUUCCAAAAAUCGCGAAAGCCCCGCAAAAACUUAUAUAAUUGUUUAAUUGGCUUCCCCGAUUUUUUAAAUUUAUUUAUUCGUUCGAUCAAAUUUUGUAUUUAAAAUUAGAGAUCAUGUACUACAAUAGAGUGAAAUUCUAAUAUCCAUCAAUAAAUUCAUAACAAAACAAAAUAUAAUUCACGUACUUCAACACACCACUUUCACUCAUCAGAGACACGUAAUCCAUUGAAGCUGACAUUUCAUAAUAAAAAAUGAUAACAAUUUCCCUUUCCAUAUGGUGGAUACAGUUCGUUUAAAAAAAUUAUGAAAAUUAGAGGGGAAAUUUGUGUUUAACUUGAGAUGUGCGAAUGAAAUAAACGCUCAGUCUCCAACUUUUGCAAAAUGAAGCUUGUGUCAAGAAACGUUGAUAAAUAUGGAGAAGGGACUGUGUCCCUUAUUCCAGAAAAUACAGAAGAUAUGUGGCAUACAUAUAAUCUCAUCAGCGAAGGAGACUGUGUUACUUGUUCUACAAUAAGAAAAGUACAAAUAGAAUCCUCGACUGGAAGUUCCAGUAGUAACAGAGUAAGAACAACCUUGACAAUACAAGUGGAAAAUAUAGAUUUUGAUACUCAAGCCUGUGUACUGAGGUUACAAGGUAGAAAUGUUGAGGAGAACAAAUAUGUUAAGAUGGGAGCGUAUCAUACAUUGGACGUAAAACAAAAUCGCAAGGUCGUGUUACGAAAACCAAUUUGGGAUUCCAUAGCAUUGGAAAGAGUGGAUACAGCUUGUGACCCUACUCAGAACGCUGACGUAGCUGCAGUCGUUAUGCAAGAAGGAAUAGCACAUGUUUGUUUAAUAACAUCAAAUUUGACUAUAGUUCGAGCGAAAAUUGACCAAGUCAUACCGCGAAAACGAAAAGGAAGCGUAUCUCAACAUGAAAAGGGUCUCCAUCGUUUUUACGAAAACGUAGUACAAGCAAUUCUUAGACACGUGGAUUUCGACAUCGUAAAAUGCAUCAUCGUUGCGAGUCCUGGUUUUGUCAAAGAUCAAUUCAUGGAAUACAUGAUUCAGGAAGCAGUGAAGACGGACAAUAAAGUCAUUAUGGAAAACAAGAGCAAAUUUCUGUUGGUCCAUGCCAGCUCUGGUUUUAAGCACUCUUUAAAAGAGGUUCUAGCAGAUCCGGUAGUAAUAUCUCGAAUUUCAGACACAAAAGCUGCAGGAGAGGUCAAAACUCUUGAAACGUUUUCUACGAUAUUGCAAAAGGAUCCGUUGCGAGCGUGUUAUGGAAAAAAACAUGUACAGAUGGCGGCCGAGGCUCAGGCUAUCGAGACUCUAUUAAUAUCUGAUAAAUUAUUCAGAUGUCAAAAUGUUGCAAUGCGAAAAGAAUAUGUGGAGUUGGUUGAAAGCGUGCGAAAUGGUAGUGGGGAUGUCAAAAUAUUUUCCAGUAUGCACGUCUCGGGCGAACAGUUGGAUCAGUUAACGGGAGUAGCAGCAAUUCUGCGAUUCCCAAUGCCUGAGCUCGACGAAGAAAGCGGCGAUGAUGAAAGCGAUACGGAAAAAGACGAUUGACACCGAUCAAAUUAUACUUUAAUCAAUAUUAUACUAAUUUAACGUUCAUCCAUCAGUGGCUUUUAAUAUUGAUAUUCGUGAGCAUUCGUGAAAAAACUAUAGUUCUGAAUGAGUGAAGACUUUUUAUGAAACGUUAUUUUGUUAAGUCACUCAUCGAAACGAUGAUUGGUUUUCUGCCGUCAGUCUUCCGUGCAUAACUCAUGUAGGAACGUUUAUAUAUUCGUGGAUUUUGCGAACAUCCUUGAACGAGUAAAGACUAAGCGAAUGAAAUAACAGUUUAGAACGUAGACAUCACUGAUAUUUUUUUUUCAGUAGUCAUUUUUCAUAUAUGAAAAGGCAAAAGUUUUUGAUCGCAAUUACUCUUUUAAAAGUCAAUUGGUAGUUUGAAAAAUAUUAACAAUGAUCAUUUCUAUUAUAAUAUCACGAUUUUUAUACUUUUAGUUCGAAUGAAUCGAUGAAUUGAGAUGCGUAUAACACGAUGCAUUUGCAAUUUUAUAGUGAAAACCUCAAUGUUAUGCUACACUUUUGUAAGUGUCGCAUUUUAUACGAUCGUCCGCAAUUGUCCAACGUUUCGAGUAUUUGCUGCUCCUGUCCCGACAGUUUGAAACUUUCUUUAGCUCGAAGAUGUGAUCAGAAGCGUAUUCGUAGGAAGAACCACAAAUCUGCAUGUAAAUAAGUCGACCAAGAAUUGACGUGUUAUUUAUCCUCGUAGCAACGUUUUUCUUCAACUCACAAAUAUUUUUUAUAGGAUCACUUGCGAUUUUGUUUAUUAUUGAGCCUAACUUCUGAUAGCAAGAGUGCCCUCAAAUAUCAUAUUUACAAAUGUAUUUGUUCAAUGAAAUGGGGUCAAGCUAAUGAAAUUUUGUACAUAUUCAUCACCAAAUGUACAAAAAAGAUCGCGAACGGAGAAUUUUUUAUCAUUUUCACGCCAUUUUAUCGGUAGAAAUUGUUCUCUUCCGUAAGAAUUAAAUUUAGUAAUGACGAUCAUAAAAAAUGAUCAGCGGAUUGGAGAGAUAAAAAGAACGAUGUUAAAAUUUUUAAAUAGAUUUCAUACCAAUUUCUAUAUAAUCCAGUGAAUCUUUCAAGGGCCACUCAGUUUGGAGGGCUGUUCGGUGUUCCAAAAAAUGCAAAUUCUUUAAAAAUAUUUAACAUUAAAUUGACAAAAGUAAGACGAGAUAUAAAUUGCGGUGUGUUAAUGAUUCUUCAGGUGCUAGUUAAAUUUAUUUGACAUGUUUUUGUGAGCGAAUGCUGCAUGAUAUUCGAUAUUUUUUCCAUUACCGUAAAAAUACAUUUUUAUGAUUGGAAUGAUACGUGGUUCAGAGAUAGAGAGCUCGAUAAAUAUUGUCAGUUGAGCCUAUUUUUUCAAUGGUAAAGAGCAUAAGUUAUUGGAUGUUUGAAUUGCGUUGCUUCUACGAGCCGUUACAAUUCACUUGUGCGAAAUUUUAGAAUUAAUUUUCUGUUCCGUCUUCAUAAAGGCUUAACGGAAUACGGACAUUAGAAACUGAAACUUUGCCAAGCGUUCGAAAACAUCGAAACUCAAUAAAUUUUCUAACCCUGUAACGGUUUCUUAUAUCGAAAAAUCAAACAUACAAGUUCGACUUACCAUGCUCUGAUGUUGCGAGACUGUAAAAUACUCUUGAAACUUUUUCGAAUAAAUAAGUAAGCAGCCGAAGUAAAAGACGAAAUAAAGAGCAGAGAAAAAUACAAGUAUCAGGUGUUUCUACAACUUUUGGUUGAACCAUAAAUUCCUUCAAGAAAAUAAAUCAUAUAAUUGUUCUUGAAACAAAAUAAAGUAACAGAAAAAGAGACAAAAAUUCUUUUCUCGAAUUUGAAAAGAAAAGAGCAUCGCCUAGAAAUACGAGAAUAAAUCUCAUGAAUAAUAAUCGUGAUAUUAAAGGUUUGAAGGAGUAAUCAUAAGGACAGAUAGGAAUUAAUUUGUAAAGCAUAAUGUUCAUCUUCACAACUGCGUUUUACAUCGAAAUAUAAUGUGAGCUGUUUGCAAUCAAUGAAAUUGUUUACAUCGUUGGAUCAGCAAUUACUUAUCAUACAAAUGUUCCGGUAAUAAAUAUAAUUUUCAAACAGA